AUGGCUCAAGUGGCUCAGAAUCCCUUUUCCGGAGGCUUGACGGCUACUCCACCACAGACGCCAGGUGAAGGGGAAGAGAAUGCACCUGUGACACCUUCGAGGCGAGGACACCGCAGGGGUGGCAGCGAAUUUGUGGGCGGAGACUCGAGAUUUGGUGUGUCCAACGCUCUCAGCUCGAGUCCGACCAAGUCGAAUGCGCUUCCUAUCCCGUUACCAAGCUCUGGGCCUCCGCCAGGCGCCAGACGAGGCCAUGCACAUCGAAGGUCUGCUGCCAUGUCGAGUCACGAUGUUAGCAACAUCAUGCAACCGUCCGAGCCUGGACCUCGAUUGAGCAGUAGCCUGCCUGCCACACCCAUGGAACUGCCAGGUCAGACACCCCUUCUCGACAGGACAGUAUCCGCGCCGAGUGUGAGUGAAGCCGCAUCGGACCCAUUCGGACCUCCGCUGGAUGAUGCGCCUACACGGCCACCUUCGCGUCCACGCGUUGGGUUUGAUGACAAUGUCGUUAUCAUCCCUCGCCCACUCUCGACCAUCUCGUCCGGGACCGAGGGUUCAAUCUCCACGCUGCGCAAUGGUCAUUCGGUCAACAACAGCAUCUCUUCCGUGAUUAGCAUGGGCACACCCAGCCCUCCAGCUUCGAGGAUAUCCAGGAAUUCUGUGAGUCUGAACUCGACAAUUGAAGAAGCUCCCAGUGCACGCGCCAGGUCGUCGCUCGAGAUCAGCAGGCGUCUUGAGAAGGAAGGCGAAUGGCUGAAAAGCCGUUCUUCUAGCAGUCUCAAGCGGCCACACUCUGAGACGGUGGUGCCUACGCAGACAACGACCUUCGUCGAGCCCGAGUUACCUGCUCGGUCGCGGCCUCACCACACCAAGAAGCACUCGAUUGGUCAUGCGCUUGGGUUCGACCGGAGACGAAGUGAACCUGCUAUCGGCGUGAACCCGAGCCUUUCCUCCCGGCUUUCGGCCACAUCGCUGCAAGAGUCAGACACGGUGCCUUCAAGAGCAGACCAGGAAGCCGAUUUCUGUGAGCACAGAUCUUCGGCUCGAAAGAUCAAACAGUGGGCUGCCUCGAAAAUCUCGCGGAGGUCAAAGGAGCCCAGCAGGGCACUUGUUACGAGCGGUAGCGGCACAUCUUUACGACCAGUGAGCGAGGGCAGUAUGUUUGUGGCUGGAAAGGUUCCGGUGCAUGAGACGCCAGUUGCGGAGACUGAUUUGGACGCCGUCUUCCACAGCCAGGGCGCUGCAAGCCAAGAGCAACGACCAGGCUCGCAAGCGCGGACAGAUUUGAGCACGCCCACGCCGAGUCAGCACAGCAGCUUUCAGUCUCGCGACAAUGAUGAACCCGGCACCAUGCUCGACCUGGACGCCGCUUUGGGCCCAUUCAAGACACCACCGAUUGGUUCUCAACGUCAACGGAAGGAGCUCCACAGCAAUCGUCUGGCGAAAGACUUCACUGGACCCGGCGGACACUAUCACCGCAGGGCUGAGAGUGCGCCAGCUCUACCGCCAAUGGACCCGGUCCGACUCGGCACGCCAUCACAGUCUUCGAUGGCCGAUGUGUUUGAAGAGGAAGAGGAGGAGCAUGCAGAAGAGGCACAGGCACACCGUCCAGCAAGUAUCGCGACCAGUGCGAGAUCCGGCGCAGAAGACGAGUCGAACGUGGGCGUGGAGAUUGUGGAUCUGGACAGCAGUGAUCACGAGGCGUAUGCUGGGCAAGGCAGUCAGACAGGUUUGGGGAUCCAGCGCUCCGAAUGGCAGCCAGAGCGACCCUCGACGUCACACAGCAACAUCGGCUCGAGGCUCUCUACGGCUGGCAUGGAACAUCGUGGUUCCUCAAUCAUUGACGAGACCAUCAUGGAAGAGUCGAGCCCGGUGGAAGCUGUCGAGAUCGUCGAAGCGCACGAGGAGCCGCGGAACUCGUCGUUGACCAAAUCUUCGGACUCGAGCGACACGCCUACCCUACUUGGCGCGUCUGCCGGCAUGCUUACUCUUUCCGAUGGCACACAGUCAACGAUGACGCCCGAGACCUUCCAGACGUCUACCUUCUCAUCUCCUGACUUUGCUCAACGGCAGACCUCCUUCGAAGCACCUCGUCUGGGAACUUCAGCCUCGUCAAUCGCCGACAAUCGCACCAUGAGCUCUACAGCCACCGGCGAGCACGGUCCCGAACUUCGUGCUUCUGUCGAUGAUGUGCCGUCCUUGACCAGCAGCCGCUCGACCAUGCUGAGUACCGCACACGCCAAUACGUCACGCCGCGACUUCAGCAACUCCAACGACGCCUCCAGGAUUCCGCCUGCAGUGCCUCGCGAUGUCGACCCUGCCGUGGCAGCCGAGCGUCGACGCAAGCGCAGCAGCAUACAGAGUCUGUCUCAGCUGAUGGGCGGCCACUUCGGCGGCAAAGCUGCAGCUGGCGACGAUGCCCGACCAGUGACAGCCGUCGAGCCUGCUACUGCUACAGGCAGAGGAGCCAAGAAGGAGUACAAACGCCACCGCCUCGAGAAACUCAUGUUCUGGAAGUCGAAGACUCACUCGCGGCCAUCAGCGCCGUGA